CGUGAUGCAGGACGAGUGGAACAGCGGCUCCGUUAGCAUCCAAAGCUAGCGGACUGGUUUGAUUGGGGAGCACGGUGUGGAGGAAGGACUCCUGCGAUAUCGGCGACUUCAGACAUCCCCAGCUAAUCCUCGAGCCAGUCAUCAUCCCUCCAUGCUGUCCAAGAAAGGGAGAUAGCGUUAAUAGCCCUGCACUGCCAGCUCAAUUAGCCACUGUCCAAGACAGAUAAGGGACGCUACGUUUUGCGUGAAGAGCCUUCCUUUCAAGCAGAAUCAGUUUUCUGACUGAAGUAUUAAGAAAUACAGCUGCAGCCACGACUAAUAUUACCUCUAUAAAAAAUGAGGUUGCCGACUAACAGACAAUGUGUGAUGGAAGGAGAUGGAAAGAAAAUGGAUCAAGCUCCACCGGUCAGAAACCCUUUUGUGCACGUCUUGAAAUUCACCCCACUGGAAAAAGCAAAGAUUGCGUUAAUGACAGUCACGCUAUUCCCCAUCCGUCUACUCAUAGCUGCAUUCAUGAUGUUGCUGGCCUGGCCUUUUGCCUUCAUUGCCUCAGUGGGGCGCUCCGAGACCACCGUUGAACCCCAGUGCCUCUGGAGAAGACUGGUGGACAUCAUUCUGAGAAUAAUCAUGCGAGUCAUGUGGUUUGCGGGAGGGUUCCAUUGGAUGACUGUGAAAGGGCGAAGGGCAUUGCCUACAGAAGCACCUAUCCUUACCCUGGCACCCCACUCUUCUUACUUUGAUGCUAUCCCAGUCACCAUGACAAUGUCCUCAAUUGUCAUGAAGGCUGAGAGCAAGGAUAUACCUCUCUGGGGAACUUUGAUUAAGUACAUCAGGCCGGUGUUCGUUUCCCGGUCAGACCAGGACUCCAGGAAGAAGACUGUGGAGGAGAUCAAACGCAGAGCCCACUCUGGAGGAGAAUGGCCUCAGAUCAUGAUUUUUCCAGAGGGAACGUGCACCAAUAGAUCCUGCCUAAUCACCUUUAAGCCAGGGGCCUUCAUCCCAGCUGUACCAGUGCAGCCUGUGGUCAUUCGUUACCCUAAUAAACUGGACUCAAUCACAUGGACAUGGCAAGGCCCAGGAGCAUUCCAAAUUUUAUGGCUGACACUCUGCCAGUUACACAAUGAGUUUGUGAUAGAGUUUCUUCCCAUCUAUACACCCUCAGAGGAGGAGAAGAAGAAUCCUGCACUCUUCGCCAUCAAUGUGAGACGUAUCAUGGCUAAAGCCCUGGGGGUACCCAUCACAGAUUAUUCAUUUGAAGACUGCCAGCUGGCCAUGGCAGAAGGCCAGCUGAGGCUGCCAGUCGACACCUGUCUGCUGGAGUUUGCCAAGCUUGUCAGGAGACUGGGAUUGAAACCACAGAACUCCGAGAAGGUUUUGCAGGAGUAUGGGAACAGAGCCAGGAAGCUUGAGGGGCAGAAGCUGGGACUGGAAGACUUUGCACACUUCCUUGAUGUGCCAGUUUCAGAUAUGCUGCGAGACAUGUUUGGUCUUUUUGACGAGCAUGAAGAUAACAGAAUGGAUAUUAGAGAAUAUGUGAUAGCCUUAUCUGUUGUAUGCAGACCUGCCAAAACUCUGGAAACAAUGAAAUUGGCCUUUAAGAUGUUUGAGGCAGAGGAGGAUGGUGCCAUCACAGAAAGCGAGUUAGCAGUUAUACUUAAGACAGCUUUAGGCGUGAGUCACAUCAGCGUGUCACAUCUGUUUACCGCCAUCGACGUGGACGACACAGGGAAGAUCACAUUUGACAAGUUCAGAAACUUUGUGGAGCACCACCAAGACUUUGCUGACGACUACCUGUACACAGAAAACACAGACCUCCACAGUGCUCCCUACAAUGAUCACCAAACCCAACCCAGUCUGUCGACACUGAAAGUGAAAGGAGCCGCCACCAGCAAAACGGCUAAUGGUAUCUGUCCCGAAUUCAGCGACCACGAUGGCACAAUAGAUGGACUCAAGAAACACAACUAAAAGAGUUUAGAGAAAUUGGAUGGGGAAAGCAAACCCCUCUCCUGGUGAGAGGAGUGUUGUGUAAGGGGAGCUGUAAAUUGCUGAAUAAGAAGGGACUAUCUUUCAUUAAUCACAAAUACAAAAAUCAAGUUUACCAUACCCUUUUAUUACCAUUGUAUCCGUGAAAUUUAUGAGAUUUUCAGCCUCUAAAAAGUUUAUUUUGUUACUUUUUUUCCCUCUUCCAUAGUAAGAUUUGUCAGAAUGCCAAACAAUGGCUGUUAGGGUUACAAUACUUGAAUACUUGAAGCGCAGGCACAUAUUAGGAUUUCUAGGGCAAAUUCUUUUCCCUCUAACAGAGUAUGGACUGUCCUUUUGUUUGAUUUUUUUUUUUUUUUUUGGAUUAUUUUUUUAAAUAUAUAAAUGAGGGGAAACUGAACAAAAUGAGCCCCAGUCAUCUGUAUUUGGUUAUCAUUGAUUUGUAACUUUUAUCCAUUUCCUCUCUUUAUGAUAGCUGCCUUUUGAGUAGAAAGUGCAGAAAGGAUGGGCUCAAGUUAAUUUAAGCAGGACUGAGGAUUAAGUGUUGAAAAAGGAAAGCCUGAGGGUACCAGUGACAACUGUUGGACUACUUGAAGUAUUUAGCUUCAAUAGCCACAUUUGAGGUUAACUCGGGUCUCUGCAAGUUUGCAGUGAGCCUGGUGUGUGUGUGGGUGUGGGUGUAUUUGUACAUAAAUACAAUAUUUGAUUUCGCUCAGGGUUCAGAGACAAAAUUGAAAAACUUGUAUGAUGUCACAGUUUUUGGCGUUCAAUGGAUCAUAUGCAUGUACAUUCCACAGUUUGGUCAUUUCUCACCCGCAUAAGUUUUUUUUAUGUUUUAAAAGAAAUUACACUUGGACCAAAAAUGCAUUUGAUGAUUUCACGUCACCUUCUAGGUUUGUACUGUCCUUUUGAGCUAGUUGUGUAAUGUUGAAAAGAGUGGAAAAACAUCACUGUACGUGACCGCUGAAAGCACAUUCAGUUAAGUAGCUUAGUUGGAUAUUUUAAAGGCAAAAGUGUAUUUUCUGCAUUACACUGUUAUCCUUGUAGGACCAUAUUAUUGUCAAUUAAUCUUCCCUAAUAACUUCCAGGAUGGAGUUUGCUCCUUAGUCAUCUGUAACAUUGUGCUUCAUACACCCCAAGGCAUGUUUUAGAUCCAAACACCUUUGCAUUUAAUGACAUUUGAGGGACCAGUCUGUUGUUUGAAAUGUCUGCCUGUAAUUUUACUUUUGGUACUCCCCCCCUCCCUCCCUCCCUCCAGGGGGUCUGAUUUAGUCACUCAGUAAGGGGGUGAGGUUGUGAUUUCAAUUUUAAUGACAGUGAAGGAAUUUAAUACAAAUUAAGUUUAAGGUUAAGUAGUCCCUCAUUUAGUUCUUUGGUCAGAUUUUUUUUUUUUUAAUUUUAUUUUGGAAACAAAUAAAAUGAGGGAUUUUGGGAGAUUAUUUAAAUCACAUUCCCAUCUCAUCUGUGAUCAUGCAUAGUGUAUAUGUAUCCCAUUAUGGCUUUCAGUGAAGCAAUAUUUCACAUCUCUUAAGCCUUCUCAAGAUGUAUGCUUUUGAAGAGUUCUUAUAUGUAUUUUGAAUAUUCCAAAUGCAGGACAUUUUGUGAAUUUUUGAUAUACGUAUAUGACUGAUUUUUAUUUUCACUGCCAUGACAAAGAUCUGUGAUCUUCUCUGCAGAUUUUAUUGAUGACAAAUGAGCCACAUUUUAUUUUUCUUUGUGUAAUAAUGCAGUUGUUUUUGUGCUGUAUUCCUCCUACACUAUGAAAGGUUUAUUGCUAUAUUAUUACUAUUCGUGAUGAUAGCCUUGAAUCUGUAGAAUUUUUAUGCGAAAAUCAAGAAUGUAUAGACAAUCUUGUCACAAUCGGAAGCCACUCGGCACUGAUCUCCAGUGGACAUUUUCCUAAGGAAUUAAGGUUUCAAAGGUUUUGUUUUCUGUCUUUUUCAUUCCCCCCCCCCCCCCCCCCCCCCCCCCCCUGUUUUACUAAUGUGUGAUGUGUGCAGGUUGAACUAAGUAAAGUGUGAGUGUGUACAUAUGUCGAGCCCUGAGGUGAAGAACCGCCACAUGACGGGCCACAUCAUACAGACACUCCAGACUGCACACAUGUCAUGACAAUCUUUUGGUAUUGUCUCCAUACUUUGUCUUUUGAAGUUUUAUCAAUUUGUGCUUGCACUUUAGUAGCUUUUUCUUCUUAAAUAUUUCACAUUGCUCUAAAGCAUGUUGCAUUUGUAGACAACAGUAUUGUAGGUCAUUUUAAUGUGAUUCUUUUUUCUCAUGUAUUUGUUACAGUAAAGGGAGCACAGAGAAAAGUAUAGAUCACAAAGAAAGCUGCCCCCCCUUCCCUUUUUAGCCCUACUUUUCUGCAAGAUCUCAGGAUUGUGGAAAUUUUGUAGCCUGAAAUUGAAUUUGUGAACUUCUAGGACUUGGCAUCAGUGUAAAGAUUUGAAUGACUUAAACCUGUUUGCACCGUGAAAUGGAUAAGUAUUAAAUGUACUUCUUAGUGAUGUGAUUUUUCUAAUGCAUAGUUAACAGUUCACUCUGUAUGUUUGAAACCAUACUGUUUUGUAUAUAAAUGGGGAAUCUUAUUUUGAAUUACGGCUGAAACAGGAAGUCAAUAUUUCAGCACCUGACAGAGAAUGCGAUUUAUUGAGCCACAGUAACCCCUCCUGCAGUUUUAUUUUAAAUGGAAAGCUCCACUGGACGGUCAGAGGAUGAUGAUGUACUAUGAUAUGUAUUCAAGUCAAAGAUGUGCUUUUUAUAUAGUCAGUAUUUAUAUUCAGAACAAUUCUGCAUUGGGGCUAUAUGAAAAUACUAUUUCAAUUUCCUUUCAUGACUUUUUUUGUCUCUCUCCACUCACAUAUUUUCAUUUCAGGUACCUCAGUAGAGGCAGUUUUUUUUCCUGACUUUGUAUCAGUCUGAGAAAAUGUAAACCUAUGAGAGAACUUGUAUGCUAUUACUGCCUGCUUAAACAGUUUAUCCAACAGUGAGCCUAAGACGAAAGACUUGUGUACUCUGAAAGAGCGAUAUUAUCUUUCUGAUGGCUCACUGUAUAUGGACCAUGAAACUGAACUACUUUUCUCCUGUAGCUUUACUUCAAACUUUUUUCUGAAUAAGUUUUUGUUUUUAUUUUGUUAAUGCAUUUUGAUGAUUGAGAGUUUUGAAUUUGUUCAGGACUGCUAUGAUAUAACUUGUUAAUGUGACUCGCCGAUGGAAUUAAAGAAGCAUCAACACUC